AUGGGCAGUGGAGAUUCGCUCUCCUGGGAACAUGGCCUCAUCCCCAGCUACCACUCAGUGCCCUGUAUCCUUCCCCAGGAUGUGCAGUAUUCAGACAUCGACUACAUGGAACGGCAGCUGGACUUCACCCUCAGCUCCAAGUUCACUGGGCUUCCAGCCCUGAUCAAUCGCAUGAAGGCAGAUGGCAUGCGGGUCAUCCUCAUUCUGGACCCAGCCAUUUCUGGCAAUGAGACAGAGCCGUAUCCGGCCUUCACUCGUGGUGUGCAGGAUGAUGUCUUCAUCAAGUUUCCCAAUGAUGGAGAAAUUGUUUGGGGCAAGGUCUGGCCAGAUUUCCCGAAUAUUGUGGUGAACAAUUCUCUGGACUGGGACAGCCAAGUGGAGCAAUACAGAGCUUAUGUGGCCUUCCCAGACUUUUUCCGGAACUCGACUGCCCUGUGGUGGAAGAGGGAAAUGAAAGAGCUCCACUCCAAUCCACAGAGCCCAGAGAAGAGCUUGAAGUUUGAUGGCAUGUGGAUUGAUAUGAAUGAACCUUCGAGCUUUGUGAAUGGGGCAGUUCCAUCUGGCUGCAGGGAUACGACUCUGAACCGUCCACCCUACAUGCCACAUUUGGCAGGCAGGGACCGAGGCCUGAGCAGCAAGACCCUGUGCAUGGAGAGCGAGCAGAUCCUUCCAGACGGCUCCCGAGUGCGGCACUACGAUGUCCACAGCCUGUAUGGCUGGUCCCAGACCAGACCCACCUAUGAGGCCGUGCAGGAGGCCACAGGGCAGCGAGGCAUCGUCAUCACCCGCUCCACAUUCCCUUCUUCUGGGCGCUGGGCAGGACACUGGCUGGGAGACAACACAGCUGCCUGGGACCAGCUGAGGAAGUCCAUCAUUGGCAUGAUGGAGUUCAGCCUCUUUGGCAUAUCCUAUACAGGGGCAGAUAUCUGUGGGUUCUUCCAAGAUGCAGAGUAUGAGAUGUGUGCUCGCUGGAUGCAGCUGGGGGCCUUUUACCCUUUCUCCAGGAACCACAACACCAUCGGGACCCGGAGGCAAGACCCUGUGUCCUGGGAUGCAGACUUUGUGAACCUUUCCAGAAGUGUCCUAGAGACCAGAUAUACCUUGUUGCCGUAUCUCUACACCUUGAUGCACAAGGCCAGCACGGAGGGCAUGACUGUGGUGCGGCCUCUCCUCCAUGAGUUUGUGUCUGACCAGGAGACCUGGGAGAUUGACAAUCAGUUCCUGCUGGGCGCCGCCUUCCUGGUCAGCCCUGUCCUGGAGCCUAAUGCCAGAAAUGUGACAGCAUAUUUCCCUAGAGCCCUCUGGUAUGACUUCUACACGGGGGCGCAAAUCAAUGCAAGCAGUGAGUGGAAGGUCCUGCCAGCUCCUCUGGACCACAUCAAUCUUCAUGUCCGAGGGGGCUACAUCCUGCCCUGGCAGGAGCCUGCACUGAACACACACCUCAGCCGCCAGAACCCUCUUGGUCUUAUCAUUGCCUUGGAUGAGAACAAUGAAGCCAGAGGCGAACUUUUCUGGGAUGAUGGGCAGUCGAAGGAUACUGUGGCCAAUGAUGCUUAUGUCUUACAUGAGUUUUCGGCCAGCCAGACACACCUGGAUGUGACUGUUUCCAAGUCAACCUACAAAGACCCCAAUAACUUAGCAUUCCAGGAGAUUAAAAUCUUUGGCACUCAGGCACUGAGCAAUGUUACAGUGAAACAGAAUGGAGUCUUAACUCCAAUGUCUCCUCGAGCCACUUAUGAUCCUAACCUGAGGGUGGCUGUGAUCACAGGAAUCCAUCUGGUCCUGGGAGAAGCAUACACGGUGCAGUGGGACAUUGGCCUGAGGGACCAGGAGAAAAUAGACUGUUAUCCCGAUGAGCAUGGAGCUUCUGAGGCCAACUGCCUGGCCCGAGGCUGCGUGUGGGAGGCAUCCAUUAUCCCUGGGGUCCCAUUCUGCUACUUUGUGAAUGAUCUGUACUCAGUUGGCAAUGUGCAGUAUAACUCACACGGGGCCACAGCUGACAUCUCCUUGAAGUCUCCUUACACCACUGCCUUCCCCUCCACACCUGUGACUCCUCUGCGCCUGCUCGUGACCUUCCACAAGAAUGAGAUGCUGCAGUUCAAGAUUUAUGAUCCCAACCACACACGGUAUGAAGUCCCAAUCCCUCUGAACAUCCCCAGCGCUCCCAGCAGCUCUCCUGAGGCCCGACUCUAUGAUGUCAGCAUUAAGGAGAACCCAUUUGGGAUUGAAAUUCGCCGGAAGAGCACAGGCAUUGUCAUCUGGGACUCUCAGGUCCUGGGCUUCACCUUCAAUGACAUGUUCAUCCGCAUCUCCACCCGCCUUCCCUCCAACUACAUCUAUGGCUUUGGGGAAACUGAGCACACGGCCUUCAGGAGAGACUUGAACUGGCACACGUGGGGCAUGUUUUCCAGAGACGAACCCCCGGGGUUCAAGAAGAAUUCUUAUGGUGUGCACCCCUACUACAUGGGCCUAGAGGAGGAUGGCAGCGCCCACGGAGUCCUCCUGCUCAACAGCAAUGCCAUGGAUGUGACCUUCCUUCCGAUGCCGGCCCUGACGUACCGCACCACAGGGGGAGUUCUGGACUUUUAUGUGUUCUUGGGGCCCACUCCAGAGCUUGUCACUCAGCAGUACACCGAGGUAUGUGUGAACUCACUUAUCUGUCAUGUGCUUCUUCAUAGCAAGGCUGUGUUCCAAAUGCAUUAUCCACUUUUAUUGCCCUCACUGUGA